AUGAAGUAUCUUGAGUCAUGUGUGAAGACAAGGUACAUUCUCAGAGGUCAAUUGGCAAAAAUUGCACCGUUGGCAAAUGUCAAUAUCCGAGUCAACAUACCUACAGCUAAAGGUUCUUCACAUGACGACUAUGUUGUUGACAAAGACUUACCAUGGUUGAAGAUUGUAAUUGUCCACAACCACUUCAUGUUGAACGAAAGUCUUACAAACCCAUUCUUUGGUAAAAGUAAGUGCAACAUUGUCAGAGCUGUAAACAUUCUUUUCGAGAAAGGUUUGUUGGAACCAAUUCCAGAUGACAAGCUGACAGAAACUUUUGUACCAAAAGACGAAACAAACUUUUCAUUGUUAGCAAGACCAAAAGUUGUUCCAGACAAAGUUCUAGUACAAAAGAAGUACACAGUUCCACAAGGGGUUGGUAUGUUCGGAUACCAACCUGAACCAGAAGAACUUCCAAUGAGGUUGCAAGAACUUCAAGAUGCUAUAAACAAACUUCCAUUGAGACAUCCAAUUGACGUCAAAUUGUAUUGGAGAGCAUCUGAGUUAGGUCAGAAGGUUUUAUAUGAAACAGGUUGCUUCGACGAU